AUGAAGGUAGCACCAGGUGCCCUAGUCUGUAGAUGGUUUGCACUCGACGGUUACUGCGACACAGGAGACAAGUGCGACAAGAGACAUGUGUUUGAGUGUCCGGACUUUGAAGCGACAGGCCAGUGUCAUCGCAAAAAGUGUCCACUCAAACAUAUCCUCCGAGCCAAAGAAGAGGGCAAGUUCGAGACGCACGACGUGACCAAUACCACUGAAGACUCUUCGUUACCCAUAGAUCUUGACGCAGUUAUAGACAUGAUAAACGCGGAAGACGAAUCACCCGACGAUGACAGCGAUAACGACGAAUCCGAAAACGACGACGAUGGCUCCAAUGACGACGAGUCGGGUUCGGACGACGACGACUCUGCCGACGACGUGAGCUCAGACGACUCAGACGUAAUGCAGUGGGACUUCACCCACAACAACCACCUGCCCGACGACGACAACGAAGACUUUAUAAGCAUAUAA